CCGGAGCGGGCUCGCGGUCCCGUGUCCCCCUCCGGCAUGGACCCCGCGGUGCCCAAAGCCACCCUGAAGGUGCUGGGACUGUGCGCGGCGCUGGUGGUGCUGGUGGCGGCGGUGACGGUCUCGGUGGCGGUGAUGGUGUGGCGUUCGGAGGCGGUGGGGAAGCUGCAAGGCUGCCGGGAACGGGCGGCCAACGAGAGCCGGGAGCUGGGGAAUCGCGUGGCCGAGCUGGAGCGGGAGCGAGCCCGGCUGCAGCGGGCAGCGGCGGCAGGAGCCCGGGCGGAGGAUGCUCUGCGGCGGGAGCUCGCCCAGGCCCGUGGUGACGGCAAAAAGCUCAAUGCCAGCCUGGCGUCCUGCCGGGAGCGGGCGGCCAGGCUGGAGGCCAACGUGACAGCGCUGGGGGAUGAGGUGCUGGCCCUGCGGCGAGAGCGGGCUGAGCUGGCCCGCAGCAAGACAGCUCUGCAAGAGGAGCUGGCGCGGGGCGAGGAGCAGGCGCUGGGGCUGCGACAACGGCUGGAGGAGGCAGCGGAGCAGCGGCGAGCGCUGCGGGCGCGGGGGGAGCAGUGUGAGACCCGGCAGAGAGAGCUCGAGGUCACCCUGCGGAACUACGCGGCCGAGGUCGAAGCGUUGCGACGGCGGCGGGCGAGGGACCGAGCGACUGGGCGCAGGUGCCCCCCGUCCCGGUACUUUCUGAAGGGCUGAAGCCCCGCAGGCCCCCCCCGACCCCCUCCCUGCCGGGGGGGCUGGGGGCCGGACCCCCUCAUCCCGCCCCGCGGAGCCCAUCAUUCCCAGUCCCACAGCGCCCCUUAGCACUGGGACCCAGCAGCGGCUCAGCCCCCGCGUUUCUCACCAGAGCCAGAGUGUCCAGAUGAACGAUGAUGAUUGUCACUGCGUGUCUUCAUCCCCCCGCGUGUCUUUACACACACACACACACCCCCGCCGCGUGUCCCGAUCCCGCCGCCUCUCGUGACGCUGCCGCGUGUCCCCGUCCUGCUGUGUCCCCCGAUGUCACCGCCGCAGCAGGACCGGAGGGGUCGGUCCUGCAGCUUCUGGGCAGUUUUACCUCAGCCAAGGGGUGUUUUCCCCACCAGCUGCUUUGGAGCUGCGAUUCAAUCAGCUCCAGGGGUUAAUGCCACGUUCCCAGCGCGCUCGAGAAACUGGGAAAACUGG